AUGGACAUCCCAGUCAUCAACGAAAAGAAAAACAACGUUCUCAACAGUGCAGACUUUACGUCGCGCUAUUCUAAUGUUCCUCUCGUCCCUGCGACAAAAUUGUUCAAACACAAAACAAAGCUGUUCGACACAAUUUCAAUUGAAAACGUGAGACAAGGAGAGUUCGAAGACUGUUUUUUGGUGUCUUCUUUGGCGGCUUUGACUGAGCAACCAAAUUUAAUUAGAAAGUUAUUUAACUUCACUGAUACAUAUGAUCUGAACGGAUACUACUAUGUCAGGCUGUAUUACAAUGGGAUGCCAGUCGUUGUAGCCGUCACCACAAAAAUUCCCGUCGACCCCAAAACUGCGAGUGAAAUUCCUCUCUUUUGUAAAGCGAAUUAUAACGAGACGUGGGCAUUCCUCGCCGAAAAGGCAUAUUCCAUUCUCUAUGGCGGAUACAAGAAUUUGGUCGGUGGAUGCUGUGCCGAAGCCCUCAACACACUCACCGGAUUUCCAGUCGCUGCGUAUCCAAUUCAACACGCCGACCCUGUAAUUCUUCUUGCCAAAAUGCAGAAGUGGAAAAACAAGAAGUAUUUGAUGUGCGCAACGUGUUCAAUUGACGACCACGAACCAGCCGACUCGAAAUUUGUCGACAACCACGCGUAUACAGUCAUCUCCGUCGACGAUACAGUCGGCUCCGACAAUUUUGUGGAACUCCGCAAUCCAUGGGGCAAAAGCUGCGACAAUGACGAAUUCAUCAAAAUCUCUUUUGUCGACUUCUACAACAAGUUCAUCGAUCUUGCGGUCCUCCGCGUCGACCCAACUUUCGAGAGUUAUUUCUUCACCAAGGCCUGCUUCGACAAACCGGAUAAAAUAAAGUUAUUCGAAUUGAAAGUGACUUCCGAGUGCCGUAUUGCGAUUGGCAUCCACCAAAAUUCACACUCCGACAAAAUGUGUGGUGUACGGGCGUGUGUAUUAAACUCGGACUGCAGAAUGUCUCUGGGAGGGAAGGAGACGUUUAUGGAGAUGUUUUAUGUUCGUGGCGGGGAGUAUAAGUUGAAGCCUGGCUGUUAUAACAUUCUCAUAGAUAGAGAAACUUCAUCGAUUGGUACAGAGAACGAGUUUUCACUUUCUCUAUUUUCGACGCUUAAAUGUGGUGUUUCGUUCCACCAAUCGAAGAAUGAGAUUUAUAAUAAGAAGUCGAGAUUUUUAAUGCCAAACUAUCAAAAACAGUUUGGAGUAUGUGCUGUGUGUUGUGAGUCGUUGAAUUGUGAUUCAAUCAGAGUGGGAGGGCUUAUUAUUCACCCUGAAUGUGACCAUUGCUAUUUGUGCCGCUGUCCAUUAGAGGUAAAUCAUAUAGGGAUCAAAGCACUACACAUUUAUUGUGACGUUUGCUUUGAAAAGAUUAAAUAG